UGGGGUGUGACGUGGAGAGCAAUGGGCUGCUGGAGCCGAGUCGAGGCUGAUCUCAGUUCACAUUUCACGGAGUUCUGUCAGCACCGGACGCUGUACGCCAGAGUUUGAAAAGGCGCCGUUAAGUCAUCUGAGCAGUCCGAGAGUAGAAGAAGAAACUCCGGGGAGCGGCACGGGACGGAGCCGGGGGCACAUGGAAACGCUAUGUGGCUGGAAAUACGGCGGCGGACUUCAUCAUCAUAGUUUCACUCGAGAGGAGGCGAAGUGAGCUGCGACAUAAACAUGCUCACCCCGAUGCUGGCCUCCCUGCUGCCUCUUCUCCUUCUCUGUCGGAUUUCCUUCAGCCAGUACUCAAGCGACCAGUGCAGCUGGAAGGGCAGCGGUCUGACUCACGAAGGCCACGACAGGGACGUAGAGCAGGUGUACUUGCGUUGCUCCCAGGGCUCUCUGGAGUGGCUCUAUCCCACGGGGGCCAUCAUCGUCAACCUCCGACCCAACACGGUCUCGCCGGCCGCUGCCCGCCUCUCCGUCUGCAUCAAACCCGCCGCAGACUCCAGAGGCACCAACAUUUACCUGGACCGUAACGGCAAGCUGCGGUUGCUGCUGCGUGAACAGGACCAGGCUCAGGGCAAGGUGCAGUGCUUCAGUAUCCAGGAGGGGGCGCUCUUCAUCGAGGCUGUCCCACACAUGGACAUCAGCCGCCGGAUCACAGCGUUCCAGUACGAGCUGGUCAGCGACAGGCUGGGACUGGACGCACACUCACUGGGUGCACCCUGUAAGCCCUGCAGCGACGCUGAGAUGCUUCUAGCAGUCUGCACCAAUGACUUUGUGGCACGGGGCAGCAUUAAGAAGGUGGAACAGGAAGAGGAGCGCUCGUCGGUCACUGUGGAAAUCAGCCGCCUGUACAGACAGAAGACCCAGGUCUUUAUAUCUGGGGGUGUGAGGGUACGGAACUGGACCGGCCACAUCAAGAUCCCCCUUCAGUGCGGGGUGAAAUCUGGGGAGGGCGAGUUCCUCUUCACGGGGACAGUAAGGUUUGGGGAGGCCUGGAUGGGUUGCGCCCCACGCUACAAAGACUUCCUGCGGGUGUAUAAGGAGGCACAGCAGCAGGGGACAAACCCCUGUCAUGUGGACACUGACUGAGCGUGCCACCUGUCCACACUUGGAGAUAGGACAAGUCCUCACUGGGUGGGGAAGAAAGUCAAACCGAGUGUUUGUUGAGUAAGGGACUGACAGACCAGCCCGGUGGCAGAGCCUCUCUCCUCUCCUGCUGUCCUGUGACUCCUUGGAGACAAUGAAUGGAGGUCCUGAAUGUUGUCAAGCGGCGUGCUGGACUCUGGACUCUGUUCUGAAAGUCGAACGUGAUGCACCGUCGAAUGUGUUUGGACUGCCUUUUCUCGCAGAUGAGGAACUCCCAGGUUUUAAAUGUAGCAAGGUUUUUUUUUUUCUUUUAAUGUGUAUAAAAUGUGAAUGAACAUUGUAUAUUUUGAAGCUCUGCGUGCUUUGUAAAAAGCUUGAUGUACAGUUCUGAAGUUAUUUCUUAUGUGAGAAAUGUAUAAAGUGAAAGCCUCUAAUUUUUAUUUUGUUUAAAAAAAAAUGAUUUGCAAUUUCAUGCCUGAAUUCAUGUGUUUUUUGGGCUGUACCAGGCUGUACAGUGGUUAAAACAAAAAAAAACAAACAGACCAAAAAAGCAAGAUCUUGUUUUGUCUUUUUUUGCCCUUGAGAAUAAAAUUUUAUUCCCUGGAA